AUGGAUCAUAAAUGGUUAGCGAGAGGGGACGUCCCUGGAGUCCGGCAGGGAGCAAAGGUCCCUCCCUGUGCCGGCUGCUUACGGGAACAGGUGGAGACGUUCCCUCGGAGUGUGCAGACUUACAGUCAGAACAUGAUGGGGGGCAGGUGCCACCUUCCUCUCCUCCUGCUGGGGCUGACUGCACUGCUUCUAAGUGAGCAUGGGAGUACUUCAGUGGCUGUGGAAGGAGAAGUACGGCUGGUCAAAAACCUAACCAACGGGCUCCUACCAGGCAUCCCUCUCAAUGACAACAAUGCCAGUGUAACUACACUGGUGAUUGAGAGGAAUCACAUCACCCUGAAUGAGCUGGACCAGCAAGCCCUAGCUAGCUACCCCACGCUGGUGGAGCUGUACUUGGAUGGUAACCUGAUCACUUCAGUACCAGCUAAGUGCUUCUCUGGGUUACAGCACCUGAGGGUCCUAUCUCUGGCCAGGAACAACAUCAGCAGCCUGGACGCUGAAGCUUUCUCUGGCCUGGGUGUCCUGAGAGAGCUGGACCUUUCCCAUAAUGAGCUGACCAACAUCCCCACAGAGAUAAUCACCGGCCUCACAAGUCUGCAGGUACUGAAACUCCAGGAAAACCCUUUGAACUGCUCCUGUCCUCUGCUGAGCUCUGCCGGCGGUCCCCAAAUCAUCUGUGCAUCUCCAGAAGAACAAUCUGGAAACAAACUGGAAGCCACAGCUGUGAGCUCCAGGUCGCCUUCCAACCCAACAGACGCACAAAGUCCACCAGCUCCAGUCCACUCACAAAGACCUGAGGCCCCAACCUUUAUAGUGCAGACCACGUCCCCGAGUCUCAACUGCAGCGCCAGCACAGACUGUUCUCUUCUACCCAUCUCCACCCUGGAAGCAGGUGACCAUGGUAACGCCUGGAGGUUCGCAGCAUGCGUGGCAGCUUUGGCACUAACCACCUUCAUGCUCAUCAUAUCUGCCAUCAAGGGACCUUCAUGGUACAAACACUUUCACAACUACAGACACCGGCGGCUGCAGCAGGAGGAGCAGACGCAGUGGGAGGACACCCUGUCCACCGUCUUCUCAGAGGGCGGAGGCCCCCCCACCCAUCACACAGUCACAUUUAAGGCCCAGCACGGGCAGACGCAGGAACAGGAGCAGGAAGACGGCUACUUUGAAGAUCCAUACAUCAAAAGGGAAGGAGAUUAUGUAGCACAGCACAUUUAA